AUGAAUGGCAUAUUCAACCACAUCAAAGCUCUCAAUAGCGAAGCAUCACUAACCUUAUCCCAACAACACGAACUAGAACCUUACAAUUGCAUUGAUCCAGACUGCGUCUUCCCCUACGGACCACCAUGUAAUGAAUGCAAAGAAGCACAGCGUAGGAAAGAGGAACACCGGGCAGCUAUCCUCGCAGCCAGGAUCAUCUGGGUUGAUGAUAAUGAUCUCAAACCACGACCUAGUACCACUGCUUUGCAUCGGAAAGAGCGGAAAAAGGAAGCAGCCCGUCAACGAUGGUUUAACAGCGGUAGUUCUGGCGGAUCCGAACUCUCGUCUCAAGCUUCUUCACAAACCCUUAGAUCUGAGUCGUCUUCUCAAACUCUCAGAUCCGUAGACGAUUCAAAAGUAGAACUAGUAAAGAAAGAUUCUGCGAUCACCUUGCGUGCUCAGAAAUCAGUGGUAAGUCUCUCGUCCUCGCAGCAGGUUGGGAAUGACGGAGCAGAACGCGUAUUAAGGAGAAGUCAAACCUUCCACAAUAUCCGCGACCCCAAACCAGACAAUCAGACUAACAACCAGUCAUUAUCGGAAUGUACCACAACCAGUGUUGUUCCAAGCGGGAACCGACGAAGCUCAAUAAGCUCAACCUCAUUAACAUCCACCAUCGUUCCCACACCACCACAGGCAAUCCUUCCCUCAUCCGAAGAACCCUCAGACACAUCCACCACACCCACAGAAGCAUCAGAAAACUCAUCCACCACCCAAGACCACCGUCUAAAAACCUGGCUCACCGACCUCCCAUCCCCCACCCGCAUGACCAACCCUUACCGUCCCCUCUCCCAACUCAACACCACUGAAUUCAUUGACAUAUCCUCGGGCACCCCACAGAAAAUCGUCAAAGCCACUCACACUUGCAUUGAGAUCGUCAAGACGCGGCAGCCUCGUACUGGCGCGUGUCCGCUGUGUGCUAAUCCCCUAGGUGACCCGCGAGAUCAGCAUCUAGUCAAGUGUCGGUUUGCGCGGGAUGAGAAGGCGAGGUGGGAGGAGAUGAGGGUGCGGAUGGAGGGGAGGGAGAUGUGA